AUGUCGAAGCAACUAACGCUAGAAAGAGUCAUUAACAUUAUUUGGCUGAGCGUAGCCCUGACUUUCUGUUGGCCACUUCCUGCCAACAGCAGCAAAAUCAAAACCUUGGGAUACAAACUUCUACAGAUCGUUAGUAUCAUCAGUGCUAGCUUGUUACUUCUGCCUCUGUUGUACUCGGCAUAUGUGCACACAAACAACGUCAUCAUCGCUUUUAAAUGUUUUUGCCUGGGAUCAGUUUUGAUCCAAUUCAUUAUUCAGACCAUUAUAUGCUUAAUCAACUACGAUUCCAUACAAUAUAUAGUCGAGGAAAUGAUGAUCAAUGUUAAAGAGGCUAAGCAGUACGAAAGGGCGAUCUUCUACAAGUAUAUUAAGAAGUAUUACACCUUCUACGGUAGUUCGAUGGUGUGUAUGUACCUGACCGCAACUACUUUCUCGGCAGGACCUAUGUUCCUGCCCAACUCUUUCCCAUCAGAAGCGGAAUAUUCGUUUCGCGUUGAUUACACGCCAGUGAGAGUAAUAUUGUACAUGCAUCAGCUUAUCCUAAGUUACCAGUGUGCCGCGCAUAUGUGCAUAAGCUUGUUUGGAGCGCUUCUUUUCUGGUACACGUCAGCGAAAUUCGAGUGUCUGGCUAUAGAGUUACAGAAGAUCACAAACGUUCGCAUGCUCGUCGUUUGUCUUAACAAACAAAUACGUUUGAGAAGAUACGCGGAAGAGAUCAUCAAGAAUUUUCGAUUCAUCAUAAUCUAUGCCAUAGCAAUAAGCACAUUUGCCCUGACUCUAUGUGCUCUAAUAAUGCUCAUGAAUGUAUCAGUAAUCGUGAAGCUACAAUUCAUAAUUUCAUGUGUAACUGUACUCACGGAAAUUUACGUGUACGCUUGGUCAGCUAAUCACAUGAUGGAUCUGAGCACAUACGUUUCACAAAGUGCAUACGAAUUAAGAUGGUUCGAUCUGACACUGGAAAUGCAAAAGGAUUUACUGAUUGUAUUAGCAUACCAGAAACCAGUCGUUUUCUCUGUCCCGUGCAUAUUGCCUGAACUUUCUUUGCGUUACUAUUGCUCGUAUCUGUCCAAUGCCUUCUCUAUCAUCACCGCUGCACGUGUUUUGCUAGGAAAGAAUUCUUCAUGA